GCCUCGCGCCCGCUCCCAUUGGCUUCGUGGCCGCCAGCGCCCCGCCCUCCCUCCGCUGAGCCAAUGAGCGCGUGCCCAGCUGGCAGCCCCGCGCCCCGCGCUGGCGGCCGGUGGCUGCAGCACCCAGGGGUUGCCGUCCUCUCCUCCGGGCACCGCCAGGCCCGGCUCAUCCUGCUGGCCCAGUACAUCCUGACCCUCCACAGCAGCCUCAUGCAGGAGUGGGCCUUGCUGAAGCGCCCCAGCCCCCGCCGCUCGCUCUCUGGGCGGGGGAGGCCCCGGGCAGCCCGGCGAGCCCCCCAUCCACUAGACAAGGCACUGCCGGUGCCUGAGGGACACCGCCAGCCGCGCGCCAGGAUCAGUGGCAGCAGCAGCAGGAACAGGUCGGGGAGUCGGACACCAGAGCUCCCAGGAGCCAGCCUGGCCCCUGGGCACAGCCAGGCAUGGGGGGGGGCGACCCUUGAGCCCAGAGGUGACCGGGAUCGCCUGGACAUAGCGCCACCCUCUGGCAGCUCCCUGAGCACCUGUGCCACAGCUGGGCAGCGCUCAGCCCCCAUGCUGCCACCAACAGACGCCCUGCCGCAGGCCAGCGCAGCUCUGGGGGGUGUCCGGGGGCCUGGGGCCCUGUCCCCCCCAACGCUCCAGCACACGCCCCAACUGCAGGAGGGCCCUGGGCACCUGGGAUGCUCGUGUCCCAACGCCCAGCGGGGAGCCGUGCCCCAGGGGCAGGCCCCACAGGCUUACGUGCCCACGCCCCGCACAGAGGAAGCGGCCUGGGCCGCCAGCGCCCUGACCUUCCUGCUGGUGGUGCUGACACUCGCCAUCCUGUACACCCGUCUCCACCGCAAGUUCCGCAAGAGCCAGAGCCUGUACUGGGCCCCGAGCGACGCGGGCCAGGAGCCCCUGGCCGCUCUUCUCAAGAGGCGGCUCCUGUCAGCCCACAGCAGGCGCAAGAAGCGGCCGCGGCCGCGGCCCCAGCAGAGACGGCUGCUGCUCCAGGGCCCGUCGAGCGAGAGCUCCGACUAGCAGGCAGCUGGCUCUGAACCCCUGGGGGCAGCACGUGGGCACAGGCCCGGGCGGCCGGGGGCAGCUCACGCUUUCUGCUGAAUAAAGUGGUUGAAGAGCGUGGCUGCGUCUGGCUGCCCCUGCUGGGC